AUGUUCUCUAAAUCUCAUAGCCCCUCAUCCAAGGAUAAUGCGCCUCCAUUUUCUCCAGAAAAUUUGUACACACCGGAAAAUUGCCAGUCUCCGGCCAGAAUCAAGUCCUUCCUUCGUCUCUCUAGAUUCGCCACUGAUGAUACCAUAAGAGAACAUAUAAAUGGUGACAGUAACCAUUGUGACCACUAUUUUCAAACCAAAAUUGUCCCUCAAUGGAAUCUCAGAAGCAAGUUGAUCCAAUAUUGCUCAGACUAUGCAAUUGAAUUGCACCAGACAACCCAAUUGGAUAAGAUCCAUGUGGAGCUAGACCCCUCCAAUCUUGAUGUGAGACUUGACCCUUAUGCGGUAAAAUCGUACAAUGACAAAUUUGAAGAUCGGUUUGCCCAAAGCAAUGGCAUUAGAAACUGGACUCAGAACGAGUUGACCGUGGAAUCCAUCGUAAGAGAUCAAACUGUAUCAGUUUUGAACGAUAAAUGUAGCUAUAAAGAUUGGAUGGGCCAAUUUAAAGAGGCCCAGCGAGAAUCGAAGAAACCUCCAAGGCGCAUGUAA